CUUUCCGUUACUGCAAUGGACAGAAAAAAGCAAAAAAGUUCAACGUGAGUCAAAGAUUUCUCGUUUUAGAAAUCUACCUUUAACUUCACUCGGCAUUGCGCCUGUGUCUUACAUUUCAUAUCAUUCUUAUUAUGAAAUGGUUAUGGCUGUAUAUUCCAGUCCCUUAUCUCUUUCUACUUUGGAACAUUAUGAAAACUUGAAGUUGUUCAUUCACGAGAUGCUUUUUUCUCAAAGAUUUUUAUGCACGACUGGUUAAAAGUCGCUUUGAAUUUUCCUAAACUGUUCUAACAUGUCUCUUCACUGUUAAUCAUUUGGUGGUUGGUAAAAAUGGGUACAUAAUGUGUUAGAUUUUGCAAUCUUUUCAUGCUUAUAAUGAUAUUGAGUUUAAUGCAUGUGCUUUUCUGAUGUUGAACGCAAAGCUAAAAAGCCACUUCAAGUCAUACAGUAGCGUUAGAUACUAUCUUCAUUAUGUUGAUAACAAUCAUUACGUUCAUGCACUCUGUUCGCUGGUGUUUGGUUCUUCUAUCUGCUAUGCGUGGUGAUGGGACAUGCUCUACCUUGCUUACAUACAGGAGAAGAGGAGAAAAGAGCUGGAGAAAAAGAAGAAAAAGAUAAAGUUGGCCAAGGAGCUCUCGGACCUUGUCAACGUCAGUCAGGCAAAACAUUUCCACAGCUUCCAGCAUUCACAGGAGAAAGACAUGGCCUGCAAUAUGUCCUCCAUCACCGAGAGCAAGGCCGUGGACCUGGUCAAGCGCCAGGCCGCAGACUUCAUCAACCACACCAAACGGCAGCUGGUCAAGAUCUACCCGGCCGGAAGUAGAGUGGACUCCAGCAACAUGGACCCGCACAUCUUCUGGUCUGCCGGAUGCCAAAUAGUUGCCAUGAACUACCAAACCAAGUGUGACCAGAUGGAUCUGAAUCUCGGCAAGUUUCGACAGAAUGGAGGUUGUGGGUACGUCCUAAAACCGGAAGUCCUCAGGAAAGAUUACUUGAAGAUUGACACUUCCGGAAAGAUCCCAGCUAAGUACAGAAAGAA